GGGGCAUUAUCGGAAAUGAAAAGUAGCUCACUCAAUAUAAAAAUCUAGGAACCCUAGUUUUCGUUAUCACUCUGUGCUCCCUCGCUCUAUUUCUCAGUCUCUGUGUUUGCGGCUGAGGAUUCCGAACGAGUGACCUUCUUCGUUUCUCGCAAAGUUUAAGUAAUCAUGGGUAAGGAAAAGGUUCACAUCAACAUUGUCGUCAUUGGACAUGUCGACUCUGGGAAGUCAACUACCACUGGUCACUUGAUCUACAAGCUUGGAGGUAUUGACAAGCGUGUGAUUGAGAGGUUCGAGAAGGAGGCUGCCGAGAUGAACAAGAGGUCAUUCAAGUAUGCCUGGGUGCUCGACAAGCUCAAAGCUGAGCGUGAAAGAGGAAUUACCAUUGAUAUUGCUUUGUGGAAGUUUGAAACCACCAAGUACUACUGCACGGUCAUUGAUGCUCCUGGACAUCGUGACUUUAUCAAGAACAUGAUUACUGGUACCUCCCAGGCCGACUGUGCUGUCCUUAUUAUUGACUCCACCACUGGUGGUUUUGAAGCUGGUAUUUCUAAGGAUGGACAGACCCGUGAGCAUGCUCUUCUUGCUUUCACCCUAGGUGUGAAGCAGAUGAUCUGUUGCUGUAACAAGAUGGAUGCCACUACCCCCAAGUACUCUAAGGCUAGGUAUGAUGAAAUCGUGAAGGAAGUCUCUUCUUACUUGAAGAAGGUUGGUUACAACCCAGACAAGAUUCCCUUUGUUCCCAUCUCUGGUUUUGAGGGUGACAACAUGAUUGAGAGGUCCACCAACCUUGACUGGUACAAGGGACCAACUCUCCUUGAGGCUCUUGACCAAAUCAAUGAGCCCAAGAGGCCCUCCGACAAGCCUCUAAGGCUUCCAUUGCAGGAUGUCUACAAGAUUGGUGGUAUUGGUACUGUGCCAGUGGGACGUGUAGAGACUGGGGUUGUGAAGCCUGGUAUGGUGGUGACUUUUGGUCCCACUGGGCUGACAACUGAGGUUAAGUCUGUUGAGAUGCACCAUGAGGCUCUCACAGAGGCUCUUCCAGGUGACAAUGUUGGAUUUAAUGUGAAGAAUGUUGCAGUCAAGGAUCUCAAGCGUGGUUUUGUUGCAUCCAACUCCAAGGACGACCCUGCCAAGGAAGCUGCCAACUUCACAUCCCAAGUCAUUAUCAUGAACCAUCCUGGCCAGAUUGGUAAUGGAUACGCACCAGUCCUUGACUGCCACACUUCUCACAUUGCUGUGAAGUUUUCUGAAAUCUUGACCAAGAUUGACAGGCGAUCUGGUAAGGAGCUUGAGAAGGAGCCCAAAUUUUUGAAGAAUGGUGAUGCUGGUAUGGUUAAGAUGGUUCCAACCAAGCCCAUGGUGGUUGAAACUUUCUCUGAGUAUCCUCCCCUUGGUCGUUUUGCUGUGAGGGACAUGCGUCAGACCGUAGCUGUUGGAGUCAUCAAGAGUGUUGAGAAGAAAGACCCCACCGGAGCCAAGGUCACAAAGGCUGCCGCCAAGAAGAAGUGAUUGCAUUUUGGCAAUUUUGCUAGCACAUGUGAUCAUCAACGUGGUUUCAAAAAAACUUGUUCCUUUACAGUAGUUUAUCUUUGCAGAGUCUUAGGUGUUUGUUUUACCAGUUAUAUUUUGAAGUGUCCGCCGAUUUCAUGUAGCCGUAGCCUUCAAAACUGGGUUCUUGAUCGGCGGUAACAUUUUCGUUGCUGUUUGUUUUUGAUGAGUACUGUUUUUUGUUUUGAUGGUAAAAGUCUGAGAUUUUCAAAUUCACAAGCAGCCAUAGGGUUUUAGUCCAUUUCCUUUGCUGCUGAGGAGGGAUGUCUUAAAUUUGCAUUUAAUUUAUAAGGAAGUUUUGUUAACUGUUUUUUAUGGUU